AGUUUUUAUUGGGGCGGCUCCGGCGCGACAUUUGUUGAGUACCUAUUUUACAAAUAGGUACUCAACAAAUGGAGAACCGUACGGAAAAUUUAAGAUUCACUCGUCUCUCGGAAGGCUACAUCGAUAUCAAUAAAAGCGUCGAUAUACGGGAAAACAAUAAAGCGGCAAUAAAAUCGAGACCCAAGAGAUAUAGCGCUAAUGCGGGGAUUUGGGAAAAGCCGGAUGCCGUCCGACGGGGUGGAGCAGCGGAGCAGUGCUGGCAACAGGGUUCGAGCACUUCGAGCAUGUCUGCAGAGCGCAGACGGGGUGCUUUACGACCACGUUUACCUGAGACGGACCUCUCCACCACUCCAGCCACCCACGCCCAUUUUCAGGACCCGCCAGACUGUCACGAUGGAGGGGGGGGGGGCACCGAGGAAAACUGCGGUUGCUUGCAAUUUCGCAUCUCAGUAGUCAGUUUGUGAAUAAACGCUGGACGUAGCACAUCGCUGCACACGGCUUGCUUACCUUUGACUUGGCCUCGCUGUAAUCGCACCGAGUAAAACUCUACUGAGAUCUAUUCCUUACUUUUCACGCACAAGUUUUACCUCCACGACGAAUCGGGUUGAUUCGAAUUUUGCGCGCGCGCAUCGCGCUACCAAUAUCCAGUGGCAUAGCUCGUGGCUCACGCACUCGCAGGACGCAGCUCUCGACACCUCGCUCUGCUGCUGCUCCGAUACUCCAAGGCUCUAUAUGUGUAUAUAAGAAGCAAGAUGAAUAUGAGAGAGAAGCAAAAAUACGUCGAGGGAUACGAUUUUAAAUUUUGCGAUUUGAUUGCCAAAUAUGAAAAAGUUGCCAAAAUCGGACAGGGGACAUUUGGAGAGGUGUUCAAAGCCCGAGAUCGGGAGAAUCCGAACAAAUUUGUCGCUAUGAAGAGGAUUUUCAUGGACAAUGAAAUUGAAGGGUUUCCAAUCACAGCGUUGAGAGAAAUUAGGAUCUUGCAGCUCCUUAAGCACGACAACAUCGUCCAUCUUAUUGAAAUAUGCAGAACCAAAGCCACAGUGCACAAUCGAUGGCGAUCUACGUUUUACUUGAUUUUUGAGUUUUGCGAGCACGAUCUCGCGGGUCUGUUAUCCAACGUCAACGUCAAAUUUAGCCUGGGUGAGAUAAAGAAAGUCAUGCAUCAACUUCUUGAUGGUCUGUACUACAUUCACACAAACAAGAUUCUGCAUCGAGAUUUAAAGGCGGCUAACGUACUGAUUACGAAGAAAGGCGUCUUGAAGCUCGCCGAUUUCGGCUUGGCGCGAGCGUUCAGCAUAAAAGCCAAUGGACAGCCCAACCGUUACACAAACCGAGUAGUGACGCUCUGGUAUCGUCCACCCGAGCUACUGUUGGGUGAUAGAAAUUACGGACCACCGAUUGAUUUAUGGGGAGCAGGUUGUAUUAUGGCAGAGAUGUGGACAAGGUCGCCAAUCAUGCAGGGAAGCACAGAACAAAUGCAAUUGACCCUUAUAUCGCAACUUUGCGGAUCCAUCACUCCCGAGGUCUGGCCCGGCGUUGAGAACCUCGAACUUUUCAACAAAAUGGAACUUGUUAAACAUCAGAAGAGAAAAGUUAUCGACCGGCUGAAGCCUUACAUAAAGGAUGCGUACGCUUGCGACCUCCUUGACAGACUGUUGACACUGGAUCCGAGCAAGCGCAUCGAUUCAGAUUCUGCAUUGAACCAUGACUUUUUCUGGACUGAUCCGAUGCCUUGCGACCUUACGAAGAUGCUGGCCCAGCACGGCCAAAGCAUGUUCGAGUUUCUGACUCCGCAUCGACGCGCCGGCCACAUGCGCUUCCAGCAGCAACCGGCAGCAGGCAACGCCGCCCCCGGACAAGCCGUGCAUCAGCCACCACGUCCAAGUCAAAGUAAACUUGCCGACUCGGAGUUCCACGAACGGACUUAUUAGGGCGACGAUCGCGCGGUGGAAUAUUAAUUUUUGUAUCAAAGUUUUACGUGUUCGCUAUCGGAGAACAUCAAAUUAGGGUGAAAAUUUAUUAUCAUUAUUCUUUUUUAUCCUACUGUAUAAGAAGUAUAAGGAGAGAAUCUAUGCAGAGGUUGAAUUAGACAUAGGAUAAUUUUUUAAAGAGAUUAAUGAAAUUCGUGUGACAUAUCUGCGAAGGAAGAGCAGGAUAUACAAUUAUUAAAAACUCUCGCGUUACAUAAAUGAUUAACUUGUUUGAAAGAAAGAUUAAUUUUCUUAAGAUCAUAUUUGGCGACGUACUCUAUACGCUGAGAUUUUAGAUUUAUCAGAUGCAUUUUACCAAUUCCUUUCAGACUUUCAGAUCUGAUUCUAAAAUUACCAUAAGACUGCCAGCGAAGUAUAUUCUUCAUCACUUACAUAUUAUGAUGAAUUUUGUCUAUAUUUACAAUUUGAAAGAAAGCGUUAAUUUAUUGCUGCGAGAAAAGGCGAGUAUUAGCGUCGCUUUCGCAGUAAAAAGCUGCCAAGAUCAAGCGCAAAGCCGUGUGUGCCAAAUGAGUGUAGUGUCCCGUCAGCAUUGGCGCGACUUAUCGAUAAAUAUAUACUGUAUAUUUAUUUUGCUUAAAAUAUAUGGUAAACGAUUAAUUAAGCCGAAAUCAACGCGCGAUUUGUUUGACUCUUGAUAAGCGAAAGUAGCAAGAUAUCCGCGAUUAAAAAAUAAACUUGAACUGCUAUGUUAUUACGAAUUAUUGUAUCGCUCUACUUAUUGUGUUCAAAUAUCAUUGCUUGACUUGCGGAAGCUGCGAUUCUCUGUACGACAAGAGGUAAUGAUUCACCAUUUUUUCGAUUAAUUUUCUUUAUCUCUUUUGAUGAUAUUAUUGCGAAAUCAGCCAGCGUUUUUACACGCCUGACAAAACGUAUAACGUAAAUGCGGAGAGAACAGCGAACUUAAUUAUCGCAAUUAAGCCACAAUUCAUGUAACAAUGUGCAUAUAAAUUAUGCACAGCGAGAAUGUGUAAUUAUGCAAACUCUAUCGUUGUAAUAAGAUUUUAAUAAUAAAUAAUAUAAUAAA